UUGUUUGUAAAAUGUGUGCGGUAUUGUCAUGAUAUUGUUGUAAAAACUGAAAUUAAAGUGAUAUAAAAAAUGACAUAUAUUUUGAGGCCUUCGACAUGGAAGCGUAUGAUGAAAAAAUCACUUUUACCAAUGAAUCAAUUAAUAACAAUACCCAAUGUCAACAUCCAUACGUCUGUAAAUGUAACUUAUAUUGACAAAAUGGGAAAAAGAAUACCUGUGAAAGGAAAAGUGGGAGAUAAUGUAUUGUAUUUAGCCCAUAGAUAUGGUAUUGAAAUGGAAGGUGCUUGUGAAGCAUCUCUUGCUUGUACCACUUGUCAUGUAUAUGUACAUCAUGAUUAUACAGAUAAACUCCCAACAGCUGAAGAGAAGGAAGAGGAUCUGUUAGAUUUAGCACCUUUUUUAAAAGAAAAUUCUAGAUUAGGUUGUCAAAUUAUAUUAACAAAGGAAUUAGAUGGUAUAGAAUUGGAGUUGCCACAAGCUACAAGAAAUUUCUAUGUAGAUGGUCACACACCAGCUCCUCAUUGAUGUAUCUUUUUUCUUGUAUCUAGGUUAAUAUGUAUAUA